AUGGCGGGAGACGGCGUGAGUGACCCAUUGACUUCGGCCAGGAAGAUCAGGAAGACCUUUCGUUCGGAUCCCCUCCGCUGGCUUCUCAACCCGUUCCGUCGAGUCAGCUUUGUCGCUGCGGAAGAUUUGGUAUUCACUUAUUCCGUCGAGUUUCGUGGCGCAUAA